AUGUCUCAUGAUCAUGCCCAUCUCACCCCCAUCUCGCCUGAUUCCUUGUACAAUAAUAGUAAGAACGUGAAUGAUAUGGCCAUGCACAUGACCUUUUUUUGGGGCAAAGAUGUGUUGGUUCUGUUUAAUGGGUGGCCAAACGGACGCCUUGGCAUGUACAUACUGGCUCUGGCCUUUGUGUUCUUGCUAGCGGUGGCGGUUGAAAUCUUGGCGACGGUGCCUGUAAAGCCAAGGAUGAGUCCUUUGAGUGGUGGGUUGUUUGAGGCGGCUGUUUAUGCUGUUCGUAUGGCUCUUGCUUACUCGAUCAUGCUUUCUGUCAUGUCCUUCAACGUCGGGAUUUUCAUUGUGGCGGUGGCUGGCCACGCCGUUGGGCGUUUUAUCGUCAAGCACCGUGCGAUUGCGGCGGUUUAUAUGGCUGCGAACGACGUUCCUAAAGUUUAG